AUGGUAGACUUGGAAAUCGAAGACACUCUUCAGGAUGAUACGGGCGAUAAAUGCGCUUUUCCAGCUGUCCUCGAUGUGGUGCUCUUUAAUCGUGAGCAAAUUCUAGUCCUUCAGACAUCCGCCGUGGGUAUCCCGCUUCCCUCCAUCAAAUGGUACGGCAAAUUGAGUGGAAACUCGACGUCCGGAUGGAAAACGCUAGAAUCUACAAUGUUUGAUAAACGAAAUGAUUCAAUUGCGAGCUUCGCUAAAAUUGAUUUCUUCGAGGGCACGUUGAAUAUACUCUGCGUGGCGGAAAAUGUCGCUGGGUCAAGCCACGAAGAGAUUUGUCUGACCACUGAUGUCUCAGAAGUUUUAUCGAAAAGAUGCAUCCUCAUCAAAUUCGAUCCUCAAGGACGACUUCUUACGUGGAUAACACCAGAUACUCUCAUGCCUUCCCGAAUUGGAUUGAGACAAACGAAGAUGAUGGCGAAAAACGAGACCGUAUUUGCCCAGCAUGUUAUUCCAAUAUCAGCUAAAGACGUUCCAACUCCUACGAAUACUCCUACCAUCGAAAGUUCUGUCAACGGGGGUGAAAUCGCUGCCAAUACAAAUUUGCCGAGCUCAACUAUUCAAAUGAAAGAAGUGCAUAACGAUAAACCUGUCCACUUUUCCACUAGAAUAGGAAGAGGAACUGUGUUGCCAACCAGCGUUACUCAUUUAACGACUACUCGCAAACUGGAGGCAGCGUCACAGUCGACGACGGAAAAGCCCCGACCUACGGAGAAAACUGUUGUCUCAAGAAAAAAGGCUCAAGAAAUUCUUGUUUCGCGAACGUAUCAGGAAAAAAUCCUUGCUUCCCUUCAUUUAUCCCCAAAUGGAUACUUUAGAAACAGAACGAUUGGCGACUGGAGAUUCGGUGACCCCAUAAAGAACAUCAUGAGGGGCAUCGAUCCCUACGUCCGUCACAAAAUCACUAAAGAGACUGCAAAGGUGAUAAUCUUUUUUAUUCUCAUUGCGUCCGUGAUGCUUCUUGGCUGCUCUGGAACAUUGGUCUGGAUCAUGGUUUCGGAAAAGAGGAAGAAUAAGAAAAUUACCAAAAGAAUGUCUUCUGUUUCUGAUGCAUCAUUUCAUAAAUAA